AAGAAUUGGGUCACAGUGCGCCUGCGCCUGGAAGCAGCCGGUAGUCCUUGAGGCUGAUCAUGAUCCUGGUCCGGUCUGGUUCGGUGUCGCUGUGAUCCAGAUGCUCCGGCUGCUGCUCCGGAGGUUCCGCCGGUCUUCGGCCGGCCCGGAGCGCUCCUUCAGCAGCCUCCCCGCCGCGCAGGUUCGCAGAACCUUCCUGGACUUCUUCCGGGACCAGCAUCAUCACCUGCUGGUUCCGUCCGCGCCGGUCCGACCCAGAGCGGACCCCAGCCUGCUGUUCGUGAACGCCGGCAUGAACCAGUUCAAGCCGGUCUUCCUGGGGACGGUGGACCCGCGCAGCCCCAUGGCGACGUUCCGCCGCGUGGCCAACAGCCAGAAGUGCGUGCGUGCCGGCGGUAAGCACAACGAUCUGGAGGACGUGGGGCGGGACGUGUUCCACCACACCUUCUUCGAGAUGCUGGGGAACUGGUCCUUCGGAGACUACUUCAAGGAAGAGGCGUGCCGGAUGGCGUGGAGCCUCCUCACCGAGCAUUAUGGGAUAGCGGCCGACAGACUGUACGUGUCGUACUUCGGUGGCGACGCCGCGUCGGGUCUGCUGGCUGACGAGGAAACCCGGAACAUCUGGCUGGACCUGGGGGUUCCUCGUCCUCGCGUGCUGCCGUUCGGUCUGAAGGACAACUUCUGGGAGAUGGGGGACACGGGCCCCUGUGGCCCCUGCACAGAGAUCCACUACGACCACCUGGGGGGGCGGGACGCCGCUGGACUCGUCAACGCAGGCAGUCCAGAUGUGGUGGAGAUCUGGAACCUGGUCUUCAUCCAGUACAACAGGGAGGCGGACCAGAACCUGCGGCUGCUGCCCCGGUUCUGCGUGGACACCGGGAUGGGUCUGGAGCGGCUGGUCAGGGUUCUGCAGGGCAAGCGGUCCAACUACGACACGGACCUGUUCACGCCGCUGCUGGACGCCAUCCACCAGCGGUCCGGGGCGGCGCCGUACGGCGGCAGGACGGGGUCGGCAGACGCGGGCCAGGUGGACCGGGCCUACCGGGUCGUGGCUGACCACGUGAGGACGCUGGCGGUCUGCAUCGCUGACGGGAUGCAUCCUGGGAUGUCUGGAGCCGAGUUGGUGCUGAGGAGGAUCCUGAGACGGGCGGUCCGGUUCUGCACUGAAGUUCUGAAGGCCCCACAGGGAGCGCUGGCCAGCCUGGUUCCCACCGUGGUUCAGAUCCUGGGUGACGUGUAUCCGGACCUGACCCGGGAGGCGGACCGGAUCAUUGACGUGAUCAACGAGAACGAGGCUCACUUCCUGUCGUCUCUGCAGCACGGCAGCCGGCUGAUCCAGCGCACCGUCAGCAGGAUGGAGGGCGCAGGAAGCCUCUUCCCUGCCUCGGUGGCCUGGUCUCUGCACCGGGACCUGGGAUUUCCUCUGGACCUGGUGGACCUGAUGCUGGAGGAGCGAGGAGUCCAGGUGGACCAUCAGGAGUUAGGCCGGCUGCUCUCACAGGACAACAAGGUGCUGUCGGAGCAGCAGGCAGGUGCGCGGCCCCGCCUCCAGCUGGACGUCCUGAGCCUGGCGGAGCUGCAGCGCCGCGGCGUUCCUCACACGGACGACGGCCUGAAGUACCGGUACCGGCUGGAGAACGGCAGAUACGAGUUCCCAGCAUGCCGAGCCACGGUUCUGGCCCUGUAUGACGGCCGGGCGCUGGUUCCGGAGGUCCGUGAGGGUCAGCGCUGUGGAGUGGUUCUGGACCAGACGUGCUUCUACUCCGAGCAGGGGGGGCAGUCUCAGGACCAGGGCUACCUGACACGGGCCGGGGUGCAGGAUGUUCUGUGUGCGGUGGAGGCGCUGACCCGGUCCGGAGGAUACGUGCUCCAUCAGGUGACCGCUGCCGACAGACUGAAGACCGGAGACCGGGUCCAGUUGCACCUCGACCAGGUCCAUCGGCUGUCCUGCAUGGCGAAGCACACAGCGACCCACAUUCUAAACUUCGCCCUGAGGAAGGUUCUGGCCCAGUCCUGCCCACAGAGAGGUUCUCACGUCUCGGCGGACCGCCUGCGCUUCGACUUCAGCGUGAAGGGUUCUCUCACCUGCUCCCAGCUGCAGCAGGUAGAAGACUGCGUUAACGACAUCAUCUCAGCCAAUCAGGUGGUCCACAGCUUGGAGGUUCCUCUGCAGAAAGCCAGAACCAUCCAAGGACUGAGGACCGUGGACGAGGUGUAUCCGGAUCCUGUCCGCGUGGUGUCGCUUGAUGUCCCCGUGUCUGAGCUGUUGGACCGUGGGACGGACAGCGAGACGUCUGUGGAACUCUGCUGCGGAACACACCUGCUGCGGACCGGCGCCAUUCAGGAUCUGGUGAUCGUCUCAGAGAAACAGCUGGUGAGAGGAAUCAGCCGGAUCAUCGCUGUGACUGGACAGGAUGCUGUACAGGCGAGGGCUGCGGGACGGGUUCUGUCGCAGGAAGUGGACUCUCUGUCAGCCAGGCUGUCAGGCUCCGCCCCCUCCAGCCUCGGCGCCGCCCACCAGCUCUCCAAGGAGGCCAGCGCCCUCUCUGACGCUGUGGACAACACCCCCGUCCCCCAGUGGCAGCGCAGAGAACUGCAGGUCCAACUCCGAGCCAUGCUGAGAGCCAUCAACACGGCCAUCAGGAAGCUGGAGAACCAACAGGCUGCACAGAGGGCAGCCGUGCUGCUGCAGAAGAACGGCGGGAAGGAGCUGCUGGUGGACUCCGUGGAGACGGACUCGGAGUCGGUUCUGAUGAAGACCGUCAACCAGCUGAGUUCUGCCGCCCCGCUCAGUCAUGUGAUGCUGCUUGCUCACCAGAAGGAUUCUGGGAAAAUUUUCUGUGCCUGUCAAGUUCCCAAGGAUUCGCCGGGCCUCGCCGCCGCAGACUGGGCGCUGGCUGUGUGCCGCCAUCUUGGGGGGAGCGCCGGGGGCUCGGCUCUGGUUGCCAAGGGAACGGGAAGCGGUGGUGACAUCACAGAGGCCCUGAGGUGGGCUGAAGACUUUGCUCGCCAGAAGACUGGAUGAUGUCGGCAAGGCUCCGCCCACAUGGAGCUGUGAUUGGAGCCAAUGAGGAAGUUAUGGAAGUUUUAUAAUAAAUAAAUAAUAAUAUAAUAAUAA